AGACGUGCUACCCCCUCCCCUGCUCCCCGCGAGCUUGCCGACGUGUGAAGCCUGUCUCACCCCCUCCGUCUUUGCACGCCGUGCGAGAUGCUCGCUACCCCCCUCCCUCCCAUCCCUCCCCUUCGACGAGGGGAGAUUGUGAUGCACCCUCCCCUCUCGGCAUGCAGCUCACCGCGUCUUCAAUGCACGCGGAGAACUCACGCGCGUGCACCCACCCCUCUACCCUCCCUUCCCCCCGCUCCUCCCACCCCUCCUUGCCACAAACCACCCCCUCGCGUCCCUUUCUCCUUCCCGCAUAGCUGCGAGGGCGAGUGCAGUGACGCUACUCGUUCAUCAGCGCACUAAAGCGCUGUACUCAUCGAAAAGGGCGGUGGCGAAGACCUCGACUACGCCCCCACCCUCCCCCCACCUUCUCGCACGCACAAGUCAUCUGAGCUCGCCGUCUCCAAAACGCUACCCCCAGCGUGCGUUUACGAAGGGAGGGGGUGGGGGAAGGCCUCGAAAAGUGGAGAAGGUCAGCUCACUAUCGCGCCGUGCGUAACCCACGUACUGUCGUAGCCCUCGCAAGAGCGUACUUGCCCGCCUCGUCCACGCACACGCCGAACAAGGAGGGAGUUUACCCCUCCCCCUCUCCCUCCCUUCUCUGCAUCCUCGCUUCCCCUCCCUUCUCUCCCCCUCGC